AUGGUUGGUCCUACUGAGUCUCCUGGUAGUAGUGCAAAGGAUGAUCAAGUUAAUUUUGAUGAUCCUCUUUUUGUUCAUCCUUUUGAUAAUUCUGUUUCUACUAUUGUUACAAUAAAAUUAAUUGGUAAUGAGAAUUUUAGACUACGGAAAACUUCUAUGUCUAGAGCACUUAAGGCUAGAAAUAAACUUGGUUUUAUAGAUGGUACUUUUCAGAAAACUAAGGUAGAUGAGUCUAAAAGUUCUAAAUGGGAUAGAGCCAAUGCUGUAGUUUGUUUUUGGCUUCUGUCAUCUAUAUCUGAUUCCAUCUAUCAGAGUCAAGCUUAUUCUGAUGUAGCUGAGGAUAUUUGGAACAGUCUUUUUGAAACCUAUAAUAAGUCAGAUGGAUCUGUUUUUCUUAGUGGUCUAGAUGAUUCCUAUAGUCAAGUCAAGAGUCAUAUUCUUCUCAUGGAACCUUUACCUAAUGUCAAAACUGCUUUUUCUAUAUUGUCUAGAGAAGAUCAAAAGGGUUUUUCUGCUAAUUCUGUGACCAUCACUUCUGUGGGUUCUAAUACUCCUGGCUUAGCUAAUCCUGUUGGAGAUUCUGAGUUCCAUCAGCUUACUAAGGAACAAUACAUCAAGUUUUUGCAAUUAAUAAAUGAUAAACAAAUCUGUGAGGAAGCACCUGCAAGUGACAUGGCAGGUACUUGCUUGUUUCAAGAUUUUAAUUCUUCUUUUGAUUGUCAAAAAUGGAUUGUUGAUUCUGGAGCCAAUCAACAUAUGAUUGCUUCUGAAUCAUUUUUUCAUGACACUGUGGAUGUGUCUAAAUUGAAUCUUCUUGUAAGUCACCCUAAUGGUACUUCUGCUAAGAUUGAAAAGAUUGGCAAUAUGAACAUAUCUAAUUCUUUAACUUUGUUUGAUGUUUUUGCUGUACCAAAUUUUAAUGUGAACUUGUUGUCUGUCCAUAAAGGUUUACAAUCAAAGGAGAUGGUAGGGAAUGGUAAAGAAUCUGGAGGUCUCUAUUAUAUGAAUAGUGUGCCUUCAGUUAAAGGCAAAACUGUUACGUCAGAUAAUGGAACUGAGUUUUUGAAUCAUAAGAUGAAACAAUUGUUUGAGUCUAAAGGAAUUUUACAUCAAACAUCAUGUGUUCAUACUCCACAACAAAAUGGUAUUGUAGAAAGGAAACACAGACACAUUUUAAAUGUUGCAAGGUCUUUAAUUUUUCAAUCUGGUUUACCUUUGAAAUACUGGGGAGAAGCUGUUUUAACAUCUGUUUUUUUAAUCAAUAGAACACCUACAUCAGUUUUAAAUGGUGCUUCUCCUUAUGAAUUGGUCUAUAUAUCUUCUCCUGUAUUUGAUAAACUUAGAGUUUUUGGAUGUUUAUGUUUUGCAACAAAACUGAAUAAUUCAGAUAAAUUUUUUGAAAGAGCUGAUAAAUGUGUUUUUCUUGGUUAUUCUUCUGAUAAAAAGGGAUAUAGAGUACCUAGUCUUGAUACAAAUCUUAUUUUUGUUUCCAGGGAUGUAAAGUUUUAUGAAUCAGUGUUUCCUUUCAAACUGAAGUUUUCAUCUGUGAAUGAUAUAUUGAAUGUUCCUGUGUGCUCUAGUGAUCCUUUUUCCUAUGACGAGUCUUUGUAUUCUAGUUCUUUACUUGAUAAUCCUAGUAAUGAUAACUUUAGAAAUGUCCAUCAGUUGGAUGGUGCUAGUGGAGACCAAUACUUAAUUCCUUUGAUGUCAGCAACCAGUUUGGUGAGACACAUGUGCCUUCAUCUGGUGAGAUGA